GGCACUGUCUGUGGGGGUUGGGGGCCUUCCUCUGCUCUGAGCUGCUGCUCCAGGGAGGCUAGAUGGGCCUGUUAGAAAAUCUCAGGGCAACAUGGGCACCUCUUGAUGCCUCCUGAGAUUGCCCCACUCCCAGCUGGUCCACAGACUGGACAGAUUCCGUGUGGGGCUGGGUUGUGAUGGGGGAAGGGGACCAGGCAGCUGCAGGAGGGGAUGUGGUUUGCUGGGCAUUGCAGGGAGCUGGCUUUGCUCUGACCGCGGUAGAUUUGGGCUGGAGGUUGCAGAGAAACCAUCUGAUGGGAAGAAAGGGGCUGAGCACUUCACAGGCUUCCUGGGCCUGCAGCCCCCGGCGCAGUUCCUCAUUCCGCUCGCACUUGGGCCUCAGGCUCAGUGGAGCUCAGCACCAGGGCGUUGGUGGCAGUGCUGAGGGGCUCCCCAUUGCGCUGUCAUGGCAUCUGCUUUCACCGUCCUCUUCCUCGGCUACUGGCUGGUCGGCCGGAGCGGGGUGUUGGGAGGGAUGGGCACCACACAGGGUGUAUUCACCGGCACUCAAAGCUCUGCCCCCCAGGAAAUACAGAGUGAAGGCACCAGCCACCCUGCAGCACCCCCGAACUAUGCCCAGGGAACUGGCCGUAGCCCGGAGGAAUGGGUCAGUCACAGCAGGGCUGUAAGGGGACACGCAGAGGGACUGGAGCAAGGCACCGUUGUGUCUCACCCUCGGCUUGCUGCACACACAUGUGUCACUGCUUUGCUCAUGGGUCAGGCUCAGCCCGACCCGGCGUUCGGAACAUCCCCUGAACGGCUUUGGAAAUAUCCCAUCCCCAAAGGGGCCCCUGGCACCGGGCAGAGCAGAGCUAAAUCCGCAGCGGUUGAGAGCAGUUUGGGCCGGAGCAGAACCGGAGUUUGAGCCCCAGGGGUGGGCAGGAAAAUGUUAGAACAACUGGGGGAUUUUGCAAACGAGUUCUUUUGCAGGGGGUGGGGGGGGGUGCUGUCCUGGGUGCCGCUUGCUCAAAGGACCCGAAUUUGGACCAGGAACCCUACAGGGUAGAUCCUAAUUCACCUCCUAAGUGCCGUGGGGCAAGGGCCAAAUUCUGAUCUCAGCCCCCUGGGCUCAAUCGGGAGUUACCACUGACUUCAGCGGGGGCAGGGCUGAAUUGACUCUGGAGAAAUGAAGGAAUCUGAGACUGGAAAUCUCCUUCCCCCCUGCUGUGUCUCUCCCAGGCUGUGAGCCGCGGGGCCAGGCCUGCACCCCAGGGUCAGGCGGGGGGUAAAACGCUGGAGCGACAGAUGGGUGAGGGUUGAAUCAGACGGACGUGGUUUGUGUCACCCCCACUUACUGCCUGUUUGUUUGUGAAUCCAGAGAGGUCCCUCCCCAAACCCUCCAUCUCCAUCAGCCCCGGUGGGGUGAUC